AUGCCGGUCCAAAAGGUCAAACCCAUUUUGGUGGAAAUUGGUCCAAAUAUUGGAAGCCCAAAUAAGAAAGAAGCCCACGCCAACCCAAUCCCAAUUAUUGAUGGCAAAGAUGAAACAUUAGGGCACCUGGUAGAUCUAAUGUCCUCGGAAGAAGCCACGAAGGCUCUAAGGGUUCAAAAUGAACGGAGAAAUACACCUCUCUGUCUGGCAGCUUUUGUGGGGAAUGUCACGUCGUGGGCCGGGGAACAGCCGAACAGGGAUCAGAAAUUGAAGGAGAAAGAAGCCGAGAAGGAUCAGACUUCAUCAGACAAGAAAGAAGCCAAGGAUUAUCUAGUAGGCGAACGUGACACGGACAAAGAGAACCCAAUGUUCUUGGUUGCUCUCCUGGGUAAAACAGAUAUGAUCAAUGCAGAUAAGAAAGAUACAACUGAAGAAAGAGAAGCACUCAUGCAUGGUCUGUUCAGGGACUGGACCCACUUCUUGAUAAGACUUCGUUGUACGAGUUCGAGAAUACUGGGAAUAGUUGACGAAACCCCAUGCUGCGGGUCUAGCUUUUCUGAUGAUUCCAUUAAAAUUAAGCAGCAACUAAUAUGUGUUAGUGUGUUCAAAGAGAAGUUGAAGUUUGAAGCCCGUGAACCGGGUUUCUCCGUUCGUAAUAUACGUGUUAAUGUGUCCAAGUACGGUGGCGAAGGCUGUGAAGCAAGCAACUUGCUAUGUGUUGUGGCCUUUGAGUGUGGGCAAAUCGUUGAAGACAUUGAAGGCCUAUCAGGGAAGGAGCAAGCAGCUAAAAUGAAAAAGCCAGAGAGACCCGUAUUAAUGGCGGCUGGGAAAGAAGAACGUGGUGCUAUUAGCAUUGGAAACAGGCAACCACAUGUUUAUCAGCUUAUGCUGAAGGGAAGGAAGAAAAACGAGACACUAGACAGGAUCAUUCGCCAAGUAGAUGACGAGGGAAAUAGCGCAAGGCACCUUGCAGCUUCCAUUGUUGGGGAAUAUAAGCCUUGGCGCAUUCCAGGAGCCGCUUUACGAAUGCAGUGA